AUGCUGGCCCGUGUCUUUGCUCGCUCAGCCCUCCGGGCCUCUGCCUUUGCGCCCCGUGCCUUCCGUGCCUUCCCUUCCAUGAGCAUGGCUGUCCGCACCUAUGCCACCCGCAAGUAUACCAAGGACCACGAGUGGAUCUCUGUUGAGAACGGCGUUGGCACCAUCGGCGUCACCAACUAUGCGCAGGAGGCUCUCGGUGAUGUUGUCUUUGUCGAAACCCCCGAGGUUGGCAAGGCUCUCUCGAUCAAGGACCAAAUCGGCGCCAUCGAGUCUGUCAAGGCCGCCAGCGAUGUUUACAGCCCUGUUAGCGGUGAGGUCGUCGAGGCCAACGAGGCCCUCAACGACGAGCCCUCUCUGAUCAACUCCAGCCCCUUCGGGAACGGCUGGAUCGCCAAGGUCAAGCUCAGCAACCCCGAGGAGCUCGACUCUCUCCUGGACGAGGCUGCUUACGCCGAGCACAUUUCCGGUUAG